UGCACAACAGCAUUCGAGGAGGGAACAGAGAUGUGCUUUUUGACUUAAAGUUAUUUUUUUCCUUUGCUCAUUAAAAGUUGUGCACAUGCAGAAUUGAUCUUCAAGUGAGCAUGGGAUACCUUUUGCUGGAGUGGGCAUGAAUGUAGAUAUUACUUUGGGCAAAAAUGCAACUUUGGACCUCUUCAAGACCACAUGGAUGUACUGUAGGUCAGUGGAGAGAUAAUUCAUGGAGUUGAGUUUAACAAGCCUUAAAGUUUACCUACACUAAUGCUUUGGCCAAACAUUUGCAUUAGAAAGCACCUUAAGUAUUGUUAAAAAAAAAAAAAAAAAAAAGAACAGGAGUGAAAUGGAGCAAGGCAAAGUGGGGACGCAGCCCUCGGUGGCCGGCGGCAACGUCGGAGCCGCCGGCGUGAGUGCAAAGGCUCCCAAACAUCUGUGGAGGCAGCAGAACCAGGCUGCGCUCUCGCCGCUCCACCACGCUCUCCUUGUGCGCAAGAGCCACCAGCGCGUCAGACAGCGAGGCUUCUCCGACACCGAGCGGUACCUCAAACCACUCAACAUGGACCGGACGUAUGCCGUGGACACGGGACACCGACCCGGACUGAAGAAAUCGCGCAUGUCUUGGCCGUCGUCGUUUCAAGGUCUUCGACGGUAAGCUCCGAGCGUAGUGCGAAAAGGUGGCGG